AUGAGCUACACAAGCUGCGCGAACGCAGCAUGGCCUCCAUCAAACGUCGGCACCGAAUUGAUACCGCAGAAGCCCACCGACGAGCUCAAGUCCAUGCUGGACGAGCUUGAUCCCAAGAACAUCGAGGCCAUCGUCAACAAGCUGGUUUCAUUCGGCACACGCCAUACACUCAGCACCCAGAACAGCACCACCCGUGGCAUCGGCGCAGCACGAGACUGGAUCGAAUCCGAGAUGCGCAGGUAUGCCAACGCAAGCUCCGGCCGCAUGACCGUGACUGUCCCCAGCUACACCCAAGGCGUUGCCUCACGCAUCCCCUUCCCCGUCAAAAUCAGCAACGUCCUCGCAACUAUCAAAGGCAGCACAACCCCCGACAAAGUCUACAUCAUGACCGGCCACUACGACAGCCGCGUCACAGACGUCUUGAACUACGAAUCCGACGCGCCCGGCGCCAACGACGACGCCAGUGGUGUCGCAAUCGCUAUGGAACUCGCCCGCAUCCUCUCCACACGGCAGCCACGCAGCACCGUCAUCCUGGGCGCCGUGGCCGGCGAAGAACAGAAUCUGUACGGCAGCACAUUCUUCGCGCAAACACUCCGCAACGCCUCCGUAAACGUCGAGGGCAUGCUAAAUUGCGACAUCGUCGGCUCAUCCACCGGCGACCGCGGGCAAAAAGACCCGUACACAAUCCGCGCUUUUGCUCAAGGCCCGCCUGCGUCCGAGAACGCCACACAACUCGCCCGCCGUCUGCAAAUUGGCGGCGAAAACGACUCUCCUGCACGCGAACUCGCAAGGUUCUCGGCGGAGGUUGCGGCGAACAGCGCCACGGGCAUGAACGUCGCUAUCAUCUACCGCCUGGACCGCUUCUUGCGCGGGGGCGACCACAGUCCGUUUCUCACCAACGGAUACCCGGCUAUUCGAUAUACGGAGCCGAACGAGAAUUUUGCGCAUCAGCAUCAGGACUUGCGGACUGAGAACGGCACCGUCUACGGCGAUUUGAUUGAGUUUGUGGAUUUCGACUUCACUGCGCGUGUGGGGAAAGUCAACUUGGCUACGUUGUGGUCGAUGUCUGAAGCGCCUGGCUGGCCGAGGAAUGUCACGGUUGAUACGACGGUGUUGGAUAAUGAUACGAGGCUCAAGUGGAUCGUGUCUGAUGACCCGAAUGUGACGAGCUAUGAGGUUGUGUGGAGGCCAGUUAUUAACCCGCUUUGGACGCAUAUGCUGGAUGUUGGUAAGGUGGGCAGCGUCACCCUUCCUUUGUCGAAGGAUAAUGUUAUCUUUGGUGUCAGGGCGGUGGGUAAGAACGGGUAUAAGAGUCCGGCUACGUACCCUUUCCCUGGCUAG